AUGUCUCGAACUCACGCGAGCGCCGUUCCGCGAACACCUGGGGGUGUACAUUUUAGGUUCGCCGAUAUAUCUGCUGAUGAAAUUGAGUUUGAUGAUGAGAUUGCGGUGAAGUCUUCUGUGUUUCGCGGGCGAACGGAUUCACCUUCCAGGGAAUCAGAAACCUCUUUUAGUAAAAAGCAUAGGCCCGUAUCGAGGAAUUCUUCGAAGUUCAUCUUGCGAAAGUCCACAGAUUUAAGAAAAAUAAGAAGGAUUGACGACAAAAUUGAAGCAAUUUUGGCCAGCCCAAUGAUAGAAGUCCGUCAUAGGCCUCUAAAACAGUCGAAAUUAUUCACCGCUGACUUAGUGGACUAUGAACGUACUCCGAUUCGGGUACCGGCUUCAAAAGAUCUGGCAGCUGUUAGUAGUCGUCGCAUGUCUGCCAUUGUGAUGUCGAAGUUUGCCUCAUUCGGUCACUCAGUGUCCUUCUCCGAGGGUAAUCAGUCACUUACACGUCCUGCUGCAUUUAAUCGCCGUAGGACAACGGGCAAUCCUGAAACGCCUUUUCGUUAUUCCACGUGUUCGAAGUUGGGCUCACCAAAAUAUAAAAAUACUCCAGUCUCACCGGUGCAAAAGGUUCUGCCACAUGAAAGGUCGGAGAUCAUGGAUAUCGACGGUGCGAACGAUUAUGAGAAUAUACCUCCUCUGGAAAAUGCAGGACAAUCCUUUCAGGAUGGGCAAGCAGUCUCGUCGCCACAAAUAAUGGAAAGUCGAGGAACCUCCCCAAAGGAACCAACAUCGGUUAGCGAGUUUCGUGUGCUUGUGCGUUUGGAAGCCUCGCGUUUGUCAUCUGCCAAAGCAGCAUGGGAAGAUGUAAUGUCGGAAGAAGGUGAAUCAAUUCCUGAGACUGCUAUCAGUAGCAUCCGCGCAGCUGUCGGCAAGUGUGGUUUAUUACUCGCCAAGAAGUUUCCCUUCUUCUCUUCUCUCGUCGACUUGACGGAGGCUUCCCUUCGACAGCAACAAGAUGAAGUAGACGUAACGCCCCAACAGCGUGCUAGUAUAAACGACCUAUUGGGGAUGUGGGCUAUAAUAUCGCAGCAGAUUGCCGAUAUUGAUAAGUCUUUUGAAAGACUACGCAGAUGGCGGGAGGUCUCUGGUUGGGCCUUCAACACUCCGCCAGUUACCCCUGCCAGGAUCACCGAUAGUCUUUCCAUUAAGAAAAGGAAGGGCCUCGGAGGUUCCCAUUUAUCAAGGCCUAUCCAACCUUCUGACUCUGAUGCCUUUGCAACUACACCUGCACCAAAGUUGAAGCCUAAGGGCACACUAAAGGUUCGUCUUCUUUCGUCGUCAAACAAAUCCAAUUCUUCGAAACUGCAUGCGUCCAAGUUGGUGCGACAUUCCAACUUUUCACAGUUCAAAAGACAGUUGAUGGCCAAGAAGAAGGAGAUGGAAGGAAGCGUGGACACCUUGCAUGUUAGUUCACAGAAGUGUGACUCUCUUGCAACCACGUCAAAGUGCAGCCGAUCUCAAGUAUCAGUGGUUGGAAGUCAGAGUUCUAACAUCAUGGUGAAAAUGAAAAAUACCCCUUUGAAGACCCCACGGCGUGGAAGGUUGUUUGCUCAGCCAGCUGCCCCGGCAACUGAAUCAGCGUCUCCAGAUAUACCUUUAAAAGCUUCAAGUAGCGGAAGCAAACUGCAGUCAGGCAGGCAACAGCCAAAGCCGCUGGGGCUAUCCAAGGGCAUAGAGGGAAAUGUCGACUCUGUGCUAGACGCUUCUGCUAAUACGACUGAAACGGAAGAUGUUGGUGAUUCCUUUGCUGUCCCCCUUUCGCGACCUCGAAAGCGCAUUCGCAAAGAACAUAUUGCUUCGCCACAGUCGGCAUCAGUCAUCAAUACUUCGCAUCCCUUUUCACCUUCGUCGCGUCCAGCCACGGGAACACCGCGGCCUCAUAUAUCACGGCAAAUGAAGGUAAAAGCCGACAUUUCUCUGGAACAUUCCCCGUUGUCAAAGGAUCUAAUGACGAAAGUCAGCUUUGGUAACGGCGGUACGGUGGACACCUAUCUCACUAGCAGAGAUAAAAAAUCAGCUCCCUCCCCAAAGCUCACAUUGGCCUCCACUCCAAAUGGGCGUUUGAGCGGCUCUGAAGGUGACGGGCGAGAGUUGACUGCCACUCUCAAUGAGUCUGAUUUGGUUGAUUCACUUUACGCUUUGCGACCCACUCGACGUCAGCGUGCCUCUACUCCUCUUCGCUGA